GCGCAGAAGAAGAAGCAGAAGUGACUCUGAGACUGAGACUGAGACUGAGAUCAGAUCAGAGAGCGGAGGCUGCGGAGGAGUCACGUGAGGUGGUGGAGUCUCCCCGGGUGACAUUCCAGGUCUACUUAGGCAGUCAUUUCCCCUGAUACAUGUGCCGCAAGAGAAACAGAGACUCUACCAGAAAUUAGAGAUCUGAGUUUCAGCUUCCCAGGCACUUACCCAAAAGCUCAGUACGGCCCCUGUCUGUAAUAUGGAGGCAAGCAAGUGUCAUCUGUCAGUCGUCUGCAUAUUAACUCUGCUGGUGUGGAGCGGGGAGUGCCAGACAGAACAGCCAGAGAAGCAAGAGUGCGGCAAAGCAGAGUACAGCUCCGAAAAUGACGAGUGUAUCCCUUGUGUUAUGUGCCCCUCGGGCAAGGAGCCAGAUAGGGCCUGUGGAUUUGGGAAAGGGGCAGGAGUCAGCUGCCAGAAUUGCGCCCCAGGAAUGUUCUCAAAUCGCUUGGGAAUGUCUUUCUGUACCCCAAUUACACAAUGUGAUAAGCGCAGGAGAGUCUUGAUAAGUGUUGGGACCCCCAAGGCAGAUGCAAUUUGUGGCGAGUGCCUCUCUGGAUACUUCUCAUUGGUCACUAACAGUGCCAGUACCUGCUUCCCCUGCUGGCUGGCACCUAUAAACACCACCGGCUGUGAAGGUCUCAGGUCUCCGCGCUCUCGUUCUCUCAGGACCAUAGAUGUGGCCAAUAAAGGGGACCCCAAGAUGCCACUGAAUACCACCAGCAAGGGCAUCCGAGGGGACUCUAACACCCAGUAUUCAGUGCUGGCCAUUGUCCCAGUCUUCUGCCUGAUGGGGCUGAUGGGAAUCUUCCUGUGCAACAUACUGAAGAAGAAAGGCUAUCGCUGCACCUCUCAGAAGGAGCUGGAGGAACAGGCGCCCCCGCUGGAGAAGAAUGGUAUAAACCACCCCUGCUUGUCGGAGGAGAAUGGUAAUGAGGACACCAUCGGGGUGCUUGUGCGGCUCAUCUCUGAGAAGAAAGAAAAUGCAGCUGCUCUAGAGGAGUUGCUGAAGGAAUAUCAGAGCAAACAGCCGCCCACAUUCUUAGACAAGGGCCCUGAUAGCCGGAUGCUUCUCCUGCCCCAGAUGCCCCACAUGUGCAAACACCAGUACCACCUGCACACGGUACAAGGACUCGCAAUUCGCUCCGGAUCCUGCUGCUCCCGUUGCAGCCAAAAGAAAUGGACUAAUGUCCCGGCGCAUCCAGAAUCUGCAGCCAACACCAUAGCCCCCACCACUAAAGCCUCCAAAGCAGGGGGCAAGGUGGGCACCAUUCUGGCUGUGGGCAGGUUCCGGGUGGCUCGCAUUCCUGAACAGAAACCAAGUUCUCUAGACGUGAAAAACCCUUGUGAGCCGGGAAGCACGGAGCCUCCUAGAGACACUUGUGACAAGCGCACCGAGCAACACACGUUUCUAUCCAAAACCAUCAGAGGCAAAAACCGCAGUUUGGAAGAUACCAGCAAGUUAGAGGAUGUUAUUUGACUCCUCCCCUUCUUCUGGACACCCAAACACCUGCACAAACUCACUCAGCCAAUAGGAGGGCCCUCCUGCCCUUCAAGUCAAUGGAGGACUCCUAAAGAAACGCACAGAUCGUUCCCCCACUCCCCAUAGAAGAGUCCGUCGCAGCUUUGUUUGCAUCUCAGAGACAUUUUGCACACGAGCGCAUUAUUUACGCCAGGAAGACGUUGCUUUUUGGGAUUGGGGCGAGGGGGUGUUUUGUGAAACUGGAGUCACAUUUCUCAGGGUUGGUGAAUAAAACUGCCUGGCUGUGUGUGGGUACAAUGGCCGUCACUGAGCAGAGAAGCAAAAAGAACAGGGACUUGGAGAUUGCGCUACGGGAAACUACGGAAUCUGUGACCUCAUUAAGAAGCUCUCGCUCUCCAUCUCCCGCCGCAGGGGAAUAGGGACCAAAGCCUCACACUGAUUGGAUAAAGCUGCUCUAUACAUUGUGCAUUUAUUUACUUGUCCUGGUGCCGCUACAUUCCCAGCUCCUUUAUUAUCAAAUAACCACACGGAGUGGUUACUAAGCGCCCACUACAUCUUAUUAGGAGGCUUUAUUAAUUUCGGGGAAACCAAAUCAAGUGUUGGUAUAAUAUGGCACCUUGGACUGAGUCUAGAACAUACUAACACUUAAAGGAGAAGGAAAGCUACAAAGGCAGUUUAUUGCCAAUGGAUUAGCCACAAUAGUACAAACUAUAACACUCUAUUUAUUCUGUAGAAUGUUUUACCAUACCAGAGUAAACAGCGCUGUUUGUUUAGGAUAGCAGCUGCCAUAUUAGCUUUCUGUGACAUCAUGUCCUGCCUAAUUCUCUCCCUGCUCACUCCUAGCUCUAAAAUCAGAUUACAGCAGGGAUUGGGAGAGAGGAGCAAACUGAGCAUGCUCAAGCCCGUGCCCUGGAGGUUUAAGCUGAAAACAGGAAGUCUGUUACUUACUGUUACUUAGUUUUAGCCUUUCCUUCUCCUUUAAUGUAAAGGUGAAUUUCCCCUUGAAACAGACAGUCUGUACUUACCGCAGUCUCUGUAAUCCUGAAUUGUUACAGCCCAGAGCUGCCGCCAGCCAUUGGCUUACGUAUUAGUUUCUGGCCACUACAUGGCGCCCACACUAGAAGAGCAAUGUGGCAGCUCCCACUCAUGCAACACAGUAGAGCAUUUAGGGGUUACUUCCCAAGUGCACUGGGCAAAGUGCAUGUUUUUUGCGUCUAUUUUGCAUUAGCACAACUGAUAUUUGUUGAUUUUGUCUCAAUUUGAUCAUAUCUUUAUAUCGUUUUUUUCUUAAUUUAAUGUAGCGUCGCUUCAGAUUUCAUGUUGUUUUGCCAUUUAAAAAGCUCACUGGUUUCUUUGUUCUGCCCCUCCCCCCUCGUGAGACUAUUGCUCUGAUCCUGAGUGUGAGUCUGAAACCCCUGCCGUAAAGCAAGACUGUGCUGCUAUUGAUUUGCUAGAGAUGAAGGGAUGCGAUUAGCAGGAAAUAGACUCCCCCCCCCCCCCCCAUGAAAGCACAAAAUAGUGUCUAUAAUAGGGAUGCACCGAAUCCACUUUUUUUGGAUUCGGCCGAACCCCCGAAUCCUUCUUGAAAGAUUCGGCCGAAUACCGAACCCAAAUCUGGGGAGGGAAGGGGAAAACAUUUUUUACUUCCUGGUUUUGUGACAAAAAGUUAUGCGAUUUCCCUCCUUGCCCUAAUUUGUAUAUGCAAAUUAGGAUUCGGUUCAACCAGGCAGAAGGAUUUGGCCAAAUCUGAAUCCUGCUGAAAAAGGCCAAAUCCUGGCCGAAUCCCGAACUAUAAGUAAAAUAAAGAAAAUCUCCUCCUCCACCACCCAAACUCCACUUAUUUACACGAUAUGAGCCAUUUUAUUCUGAGGUGACAGUUUGCUGAGGUUGAGGUGACAGAUGGCAGUUUCCCUUGUGUCCUGUAAACAAGAACCAGUGAUUUCAGAGCUGCUGAUCCUCCGCCCGAGUGUCCCUGGCAUCACUUGGCAGAAUUUGGGCAGGAAUAAAAUGUUCAGCUCGUUGGUACCCGGGUCCCCAGGCCUUAGUGGGAGGAGCCACUCGCUAUCCUGGGAGUUUCGUGCACCGUGGGAAGCGACUGUACAUCACUACUGAUAAACGGCUGCUUUUAACUUUUAUUCGUUCUUGAUUUGGUCCCAGUGAUGCUUUUAUUUUAUCAGCUGUUUCUGAACUGCAGCGGCCAUUGGUUGUAGGAGGGUGCUGGGAGUUGUGGUUCAGCAGCGGUGUUACCACUACAUGUUGCAGUAAUUUAUGUGUUGAUUUGUUAUUUAUACUCAGCGGUCACAUAGGGGCCCCCUGGGUGCAGGAAGGCUCAAAGUCAGUCUGAGGGGGAGAUAAAUGUCACCUGUGAGGCUCCAGCUUUUCAUGUUGAACUACAACUGCCAGUCCUGGGGGCAAAGGAUGCUGGGAUUUGUAGCAAAAGAGAUUGAGGCCUCAUACAAGUAAAAGCAGUACAGGAGACCAGGAAGCAUUUUCGGGCCCCGGUGUAUGUGAUCAUCUGUCAUUUUUACAUAUUGUUAUUUAUUAUUUGUUUAAUUUUUUGUUAUUCUUAGAAACAUUUGUAAUUAAAGAUAUAAAGUGUAUAAA